AUGAGUCUCACCAGCUUCGAUCUAUCGCGGUACCUCCUCACAACCCUCGUUCUUAUCUCCUUGCUAGCUCCCUCGCACCUACUAGCAGUCUGCAGCACGCGUGACAAUGGCGCAGAGGGCGACUCGCCUGGGACCGCGUCACAACCACUGGCACAGACCCUCCACCCGCACAGCCUCGUACUGCCACGUCGGCGACUUCAAGCAGGCGCUGACGGCCGACGUGGCAAGAUCCAAUUGGAGCGGCCGGUAACAGCGGCGGAGCCGCAACACCAGGCCGUGAUUGACGGCGGCGUUAGACCCGCCGCCGUGACGGCAUCCCAGCCGCGAGCGGCAAUCCUACAGGCCGCCGCUCAAGGCCGUCGGGAAGCAGCGGUCACUGCGGCGGGGAAUGCGGGCAGUAGAGAGAGGACACAGGGUGGAAGCACGCUUAAGGAGGGUAUUCUAGGAAAGUCUCUAGCUCAAGUCGGCCUGAUCGACUAUUUCUCGAAGAGAAUAGGACCCGCGGCUCCAGCAGACCAAUCGAAAUCCAAGCCGCGACUGCCUCUCUGCCCGGAAUUCGCGCCGCCUCUCGCGGGCGCGUCUUCCGCCGUCGUCUCCGCUUGUCAAUGGGGAGACCCUCUCCCACCCUCGUACUCAGCUACGGCCGUUGGACUGGGGCGCUCAGGCUCGGAAUCAGGCUCGGCUAUGCUCGGUGGUCCGAAUAAAGCGGCGCAAUUUAUGGGCGACUGGUUUAGGUGGAAGCAGGAGGGAGGAGAGGCAGCGGAGCGGGAGUGUAUGCGGCAGCGCGCGUGGUUCUACGCGGGAAUCGCGGAGGAAACGUGUGACUUGAGCGCGUUCCGCGCUGCUCAGGCGGCUUCCCCGCGGAUCGCGGCGGAAGGUGCGGCCGCUGCUGACGUGGACGGCAGCGGAGGUGGCAUGCUCAUGCUGCGUGAUGUGUACGUCAACGCGCAGGGCCUGGUGUUCAACAAAAGCCACGUGUUCGUCGUUGAUAGGUGCGGAUCCGGCCAAUGGAAGCAGCAGCAGAAGCAGCAGCAGCAGGUGAAAGUUCCUUCGUACCCACCUGGAACCCGAGUCACUGUGCAUCCUCACCUGAUAAAUCUCCUGCCGUACGAAGCGCACGAAGAGGAGGAGCAGAUAGAAGGGAGUAAAUCCAGCCCAACCGGCGGCAAUCCCGAGGGGCGGGAGUGGGUGGCGCAGGCAAAGCUGCACAACAGCAAGGAGCGGCUGGUAGCGCGGCUGCUGCCCGUGCUCUUCCUCCUCUCCUCCUCCCUCAUGCCCGCCGCCCGCCGCUUCCCUCUGCUGCUCGCCGAUCGCCACGUGUUGUUCCACCUAAGCCUGGGGGUGUUUGGCACCGACCUCUCUUCCUUGGCCGUCUCGCCCGACUCUGCUCUCCUCGGCGACAGUCGCGACCACCUGUUCUUCGCCAAGCAACUCUACGUGCCCAUCCACGUCAGCAGUCUCUGCGGCCUCUCUGCCGCCGGCCCCCCGUCCCGCCCUGACGCGCUCUGGCUCGCGCUGCGGGCCAACCACCUGCUGCCACGUGGCGGCCUGCCCAUUCUCAACCCCGACUGGACCCCCAACCCGCCCGCCCCUUACAGUCACAACGUGGUCCUAGGAGGGCGGUCCGUGCCUAGGGACUGGGUGGUAGUGGUCUCGUUAGUAUGGAGCUCGCACGUUAUGAGAGAAGGGGGAGGGUUGGGAGGAGGGGUGGGGGGAGGGCUGGGGAGCAACGGAGAGGGAGUAGAGGGAGGAGCAGAGGGAGCAGCGGGAGCAGGAGCGGAGGGAGGACAGGGAGUCGGAAAAGGGAGCAAGGGAGCGGAAGGAGCAGCAGCAGCAACAGCAGAGGGCAUGCAGUCAAUAAUCAAGUUCCUGCAGCACAUCUUUUCUGAAUCCCGCGUGGUCCUGUACGAUGAGCACGUUCCCCUCACAGAGGCCCGCGCGCUCUUCUCUCGCGCGCUGCUGCUUGUGGGCCCCACCUCGCCUGCGCUCUCGAAUCUUAUCUUCCUGCCGUUCAAUGCGACUGUGAUUGAGAUUCUCCCUUACUCCGCCCCACAGACCACCACAGCCACUUAUCCUUUCCUCCCCACUGCCAACAUCUCCUCUUCCCCUUCCGCCUCCUCCUCCUCAUCCUCCUCCUCAUCAGCAUCCGUGCCGUUCGGGAUCCAAGCGUCGGUCGUCAGCCAACAGGACUCUGCCACGUGGCACUACCGCCUCGCGGAGCGGGCGGGGGUGCGGCACUUUUUGUCUGCUUGCGACCCGGGGCGGAUCAAGCGCGAGCUCGGGGAGCAGUGCCACGUCAGCGAGGUGUACAGCAUCGUCAUGACAGCUGUCAAAGGGGGCGUGGCGUACGCAGAAGCGGGCGAAAUAGCGAAGCAGGGGGGGAGUGAUGCGGAGAAAAGGUGGAGGGUGAGGGAGGAGUUGAAGUAUGAAUGGGUGGUGCCGAGGGAAUGUUGCCCUGCUGUUGCUGCUGGGGCGUUUGGGUCACUCUGGCCCGCUUGCGAGACGACGGCCUACGCAUCGCUUUCCUGGGAGACUCACUCUCCAAAGAGGCGCACACCUCUUUCCUAA